GAAACAGAGCGAUGCAUCAAUGAAAGUGGGUCCCAUUUUACCAGUUCUAAGAGUGGGGUCACCCUUAGGCUUAGCUGCUAUCCCCUUACGAUUACCAGCUGUGUCUUCUUCACUCCUAUGCCUCUCCUUUCACUCGUCUUUUCAUUCAAGAAAACAUCUCUCUAGUCAGAAAGCUCUUCAAUUUCCUCUUCUUAAUCCCUUUUGUGUUGUGGUGCUCUGGAGAAAGAAAAAAAGAAGAUAGAUGGAGACCCAUCUGUGAUUUCAAAAAACAAAUCUCAUUGGGAUCUGCCCACUUCGCUUACUGGUUGAAUUGGGGAAUGAUAAGAAGAUGGGGAGGAAAGGAAAAUGGUUUUCUAGUGUAAAGAAAGCUCUCAGCCCUGAUUCCAAGGAGAAGAAAGACCAGAAAUCAAAUAAAUCGAAGAAGAAAUGGUUUGGCAAGCAACAACUGGAUUCGGAUUCCACUUCUUUAGAAAAUGUUACAAUGCGAUCUCCUCCUCCUCAACCAGACGAGGUGAAAUUAAUUGAAACCACAAAUGAAGAGAACCAGCAUACUUACUCUGUUCCAGGUGUCACUGCUGCAGUAGCUGAGCAUGCUCCGAUUACUGUUCAAACCACCACUGAGGUUUUUCAACCAACCAAGGUUAAUAAAUAUGCUGGCAAAUCAAAGGAAGAAGUGGCGGCAAUUAAGAUUCAGACAGCAUUCCGAGGAUACAUGGCAAGAAGAGCAUUGCGGGCUCUGAGAGGGCUGUUCAGGCUCAAAUCUCUGAUGGAAAGGCCUACGAUAAAAAGACAAGCAACCCAUACUCUCCACUGCAUGCAGACUCUAGCUCGGGUGCAGUCACAGAUACACACAAGGAGGAUUAGAAUGUCAGAAGAGAACCAGGCCCUGCAGAGACAACUCCUACAUGAGCAUGCAAAAGAGUUUGAAAGCUUGCAGAUUGGAGAGGAAUGGGAUGACAGUCUGCAGUCAAAGGAACAGAUUGAAGCUAACCUGCUAAACAAGUUUGAGGCAGCUGUGAGAAGGGAAAGAGCACUGGCUUAUUCUUUCUCUCAUCAGCAAGCCUGGAAGAAUUCUUCACGAGCUGUAAACCCAAUGUUCAUGAGUGGCAAUCCAUCCUGGGGUUGGAGCUGGUUGGAACGAUGGAUGGCAGCCCAUCCAUGGGAGAGCCGGAGCAUGACAGAGAAAGAACUUAAUAAUGACCACUCAUCUCUAAAGAGUGCGAGCCGCAGCAUUACUGGAGGGGAUAUAAGCAAAUCUUAUGCUCGCUACCAGCUCAAUUCUGAUAAACUAACUCCAAGAGAAAGUGAAAGGCCAACCAAAACCACGAACCUACAGUUCCAAUCAACUCCUAACAAGCCAGCUGCUUCUACAGUUGCUAGAAAAUUGAAGUCAGCCAGCCCAAGGAGUGGCAUUGGGGGCCUAGAUGAUGAAUCUAAAAGUGUGGUCAGUGUUCAGUCAGAUCGUAGUAGAAGGCAUAGCAUUGCAGGUUCAUUUGUAAGAGAUGAUGAGAGCCUUGGAAGCUCUCCACCACUUCGAAGUUACAUGGUACCUACAGAAUCCGCGAGAGCAAAGUCCAGAUUACAAAACCCAUUGGGAGCAGAGAUGAACGGAACGCCUGAAAAGGAAAAGGGAUCCUUGGGGUCUGCCAAGAAGCGGCUUUCCUACCCUCCCUCACCAGCCAAAGCAAGGAUGUAUUCAGGUCCCCCAAAAUUGGAAAGCAGCUUAAAAGCAGAAAACAGUGAGGCUGCUGGCGAGGGCAUUUAAGUGUUGAGGAAUUGAAUGAAAAGCGAUUAAGUAUGUUUUUAAGAUGUGGAGAAAAAGAGAGAUCAUAAGGAUCAUUUGAUUUCUGAACCUUCUGCUUCUACUGCUGUUAAUUAUUUAUUCAUUGGUCAGAAAGUGUUGCAGUUUGCGGGGAAAUUAGCUGUUCAUGAGCACUCAUUAUUCGUUCGUUUCUUUUUGUUUAUAUUUGCCCUUACUUCCAUUGUUUGUCAUUACAUUUGUACUGCGGAAAAUAAUGUUCAAUAUUGACUUUAAGACA